UUUAAAAUAACUCAAACACAGUUACAAAUUCCCUUUGAAGAGUAAAAAAUUUGUACAAUGUCGAACGUCUUCAAGAAACCUACCCAAAGGAGUCUUACUAACACUAGGUCAUUCAAUAUGGAGCAGCGGAAAAAUGUACUGUUGAAAGUGCCCGAGGAGGUUCGGGCAGAGAAGGCCAAAAAGGUGGAGCUAUUCCUCAAUAGACUGAAAGUACGGAACUCUCGCUAUGAAUCACAUAUCCUGAGAUAUCUGGAUACGUGGUGUGAGCCCAAGAGCCAGUUCAAUGACGAUGCCGACGUCAGUUUGCAUCCCAGCUACAAUCUUAUGGUCUAUGAUCUAAAUUGCGAUGAGCGGUAUCGUGAGGCCAACUAUAAGUACAAUAAGCAGUUCAAGCUGGAAAUGGAACACUUUAUUGCCAAUCAACCCAAUGUACGCGACCAGUACUACCUGAAAAGAAUCCUUUGCUAUAAAACCAGUUGGCCUCCUUUGCAUACAAAGUGGGAACUGCAUAACUUCGUCUCCAAAUUCUUUAAGCUAACUCCCACGGAAAGGAAGCGUGUGGAUUAUCUCAUGAAAACAAAACUGAGCUGAGGAAUGCACAGGCAGUUAUGCUAUUUACUCUCAUUUCAAAAUGGUUUAAUUAGCACAUUUAUUAUUGCAAUUAUACGGACGCCGUGCCACCUCCAGCUAAUUAGUUCAAACAAAAAAUGCCGCAAACAAUAAAUUUAAUUUAGCGAUGCAUCGAAUUCAUUUAAUUCGGUUUUCUGUGCUUCGGACUGAAAUUAAUUUAGCAAAAAGAAAAAAAAAUGCCAGAAAUCUGAGCAUCUACAAUUAAAUCUUUUCCCCCACAAAGCUGAA